GCCGAGCGGACCAGGGGGCCGACGCCACGGGAGGUUCUGGAAACGCCGGGCGCGGCGCGCGUGUCCAGCACUUACAUUGACCGAUAGCCAUUAGUGAACUAAUUCAACCCACGAGGACUGCAGGCGGAGUGGAAAGUCUGAAAAUCCAGGCCUUGAACCAUGACACUGCCCUCUUGGACCAUGAAACUCGAAGUGUCUGUAUUGCUGAUGGCGUGGCUUGGUGUCUUGAGCUAUGUGCAAGCUGAAUUCUUCACCUCUAUUGGGCAUAUGACAGACCUGAUUUAUGCAGAGAAAGACCUGGUGCAGUCUUUGAAGGAGUAUAUCCUUGUGGAGGAAGCCAAGCUCUCCAAGAUUAAGAGCUGGGCCAGCAAAAUGGAUGCUUUGACAAGCAAGUCAGCUGCUGACCCUGAAGGCUACCUGGCUCACCCUGUGAAUGCCUAUAAACUGGUGAAGCGGCUAAACACAGACUGGCUUGCACUGGAGGACCUUGUCUUGCAAGACUCUGCUGCGGGUUUUAUUGCCAAUCUGUCAGUGCAGCGGCAGUUCUUCCCCACGGACGAGGAUGAGUCGGGAGCCGCCAAAGCCCUGAUGAGACUUCAAGACACAUACAAGCUAGAUCCAGCCAUGAUUUCCAGAGGGGAAUUUCCAGGAACCAAAUACCAGGCAGUGCUCAGUGUGGACGACUGCUUUGGGAUGGGCCGCUCAGCCUACAACGAAGGCGACUAUUAUCAUACAGUGCUGUGGAUGGAACAGGUGCUAAGGCAACUUGAUGCUGGGGAGGAGGCCACUGUAGCCAAGUCCCAGGUGCUGGACUACCUUAGCUAUGCUGUCUUCCAGUUGGGUGACCUGCACCGUGCCUUGGAGCUCACGCGCCGUCUGCUCUCCCUUGACCCGAGCCACGAGCGUGCUGGAGGGAAUUUGCGGUACUUUGAGCGGUUGCUAGAGGAAGAAAGAAGAAAACCAGUGUCCAAUCAGACAGCAUCUCCACUAGCAACGCAGGAAGGUGUCUACGAGAGGCCUGUAGACUACCUGCCCGAGAGGGACGUGUAUGAGAGCCUCUGUCGUGGCGAAGGUGUCAAAUUGACACCCCGGAGGCAGAAGAGGCUCUUCUGUAGGUACCAUCAUGGCAACAGGGUGCCGCAGCUGCUCAUCGCUCCCUUCAAAGAGGAAGACGAGUGGGACAGCCCACACAUCGUCAGGUACUACGACGUCAUGUCUGACGAGGAAAUUGAGAGAAUCAAGGAGCUCGCAAAACCUAAACUUGCACGAGCCACUGUUCGUGAUCCUAAGACGGGUGUCCUCACCGUUGCCAGCUACAGAGUUUCCAAAAGCUCCUGGCUGGAGGAGGACGAUGAUCCUGUUGUGGCUCGAUUAAAUCGUCGGAUGCAGCACAUCACAGGGCUAACAGUAAAGACUGCAGAAUUAUUGCAGGUUGCAAAUUAUGGAAUGGGAGGACAGUAUGAGCCACACUUUGACUUCUCUCGGCGACCUUUUGACAGCGGCCUCAAAACGGAGGGAAAUAGGUUAGCGACGUUUCUUAACUAUAGCGAUGAGCAAGAUGUUUUCAAGCAGUUAGGGACUGGGAAUCGUGUGGCCACAUUCUUAAACUACAUGAGUGAUGUAGAAGCUGGUGGUGCCACCGUCUUCCCGGAUCUGGGGGCUGCGAUUUGGCCUAAGAAGGGCACAGCUGUAUUCUGGUAUAACCUUCUACGGAGCGGGGAAGGUGACUACAGAACAAGACAUGCAGCCUGCCCUGUGCUCGUGGGCUGCAAAUGGGUCUCCAAUAAGUGGUUCCAUGAACGAGGACAGGAGUUCUUGAGGCCUUGUGGGUCAACAGAAGUUGACUGAUGUCCUUUUCUGCCAGUUUCCUUCCUGGCCCAACAGCCAAAGUCAUCUUCAAGUUCAGCAUGACAGACACCUUUAUAUGUUCCAGCUCCUAUCGGCAGGUCUUUGGAGGAGUCAAUGUUUGUCUGAAGUGGAAAGAGAGUGUAAUGGGACAAGUCCUGGGUAACCUGGGUCCCCAGCCUCUGCCAUCAGACUAUGCUGUCUCUGGCUCCAGGGAUAGCAGCAGAGCGACUGCAGCAGAGCCAGACUGUCUAGCACCUAAUAAGGUGCCUUUGUACCUCAGAUGUUUUAGGUGUGAGAUGUUUCAGUGAACCAAAGCUUUGAUACCUUGUUUACAUGUUUAUUUUUAUGGCAUUUCUAUCAGUUGUGGCUUUAACCAAAAAAUAAAAAAUAAAAUAUCCCUGUCAGAAGUCUUA